UUAUCCACUUUUAAAAUUAUUCGAACAUUUUACAAAGAAUAAACAGAAAUAAAUACACCGCUUCGAUCUCGUGGGACGCGCACAGGGACAUAAACAUAACCUCAAAUAGUACUAAACAAAUAAGAAACGCGCUGUCUGCUACAAGAUCAGCUGAUUGUAUACAAUCAACACUGUCCGCAGCGAGAAGUUUAACGUCAAACGGUCGUAGAUUUUUGCCUCAAUUAAUACAACAGAGUGACAUGAAGGUUUUAAUUCUUCCAGCUUUACAGGAUAAUUACAUGUACCUCAUCAUUGAUGAGGUAUCAAAGGAAGCAGCAAUUGUAGAUCCUGUUGAUCCUGACACUGUUGUCUCGGCAGUUAAAGAACACAGUGUAAAUUUAACAAAAGUUUUAACCACUCAUCAUCAUUGGGAUCAUGCUGGGGGAAAUGAGAAAUUAUUCAAAAUGGUGAAUAAUCUUAAAGUUUAUGGAGGAGAUGAGAGAAUCGGUGCACUUACAAAUAAAGUGAAACACGGUGAUAAAAUUGACAUUGGAAAUUUAAAUGUCAAAUGUCUUUUUACUCCUUGUCAUACGAGUGGUCACAUUUGCUACUAUGUCACUGGCGAUGAAGAAGCUCCAGCUGUUUUUACUGGUGAUACAUUAUUUGCGGGUGGUUGUGGAAGAUUUUUCGAAGGAACUGCCGAACAAAUGUAUGAAGCACUUAUCGAAAUUUUAGGCAAUUUACCCGAAGAAACGAAAGUCUAUUGUGGUCAUGAAUAUACAGCUGCAAAUUUAAUGUUUGGUCAACAUGUUGAGCCUGAUAAUGAAGCAAUCAAGGAAAAAAUUGAAAAAGUCAGCAAUUUACGUAAAAAUCAAAUUCCAUCUGUACCUAGUUCCAUUGCUGAGGAGAAAUUGACGAAUCCUUUUAUGAGGGUACAAGAAACGAGUGUCAUGCAACAUGCUAAAACAAAUGAUCCUAUUGAAACAAUGUCUGUCAUACGCAAAGAGAAGGACAACUUUAAAUGUUAGGUCAUAAAAUUACAAUUAUUACAUUUAUUUUUCUACUAUAUUAUAGUUUUUAAGUACCUUUCUAAUUUUAAAUUCUGUUUCUAAUUUAAAAGGUUAUUAAUUAAAUAAUAGUGGCUUUACACUUAUAUACAAAGACAA